AUGGGGGACUUCGUGGGGCACGCACUGCCGGGCUCGCUGCUGCUGGCGGUGGGCCUGUGGCGGGUGUGGGCGUCCAUCGCACGCUUCGCCGCCGACCCGCCGGCGUUCCGCAUCCGUGCCUGGAGCCCCUUCUCAGCGGGGCCGCGGCUCCUGGAGCUGUACGUGGUGACCGGGGGCGCCUUCCUGGACAUGUGCAUGGAGCUCUUCUACUCCAACCCGCUCCGCGUCCUCACCGGCCGCGGGGUCGACCCGGCGCACCUCAACGGCCUCGAGCACGCCGGCAUGCUCCUCAUGUUCUUCCUCUUCGGCGCGCUGGCCCUCCUCUCCCACACGACGAGGUACCUGCCGCUGUCGGACACCGCACUGGGCCAGGUGUUUGCAACCGCUUUCACGUCGGAGUUCAUGCUCUUCUACUUCCACUCCACCACCCACGUUGGCUUGGAGGCCUACUACCACCGCCUCCUCCUCCUCCUCAUCGGCCUCUGUGUCGCAGCCAUUGUCCUCGGUGCGCUCCUGCCAACCAGCUUCCCUGCCGACCUAGGCACCGGCGCCCUCAUCGCGGUCCAGGGUAUGUGGUUUUUCCAGACUGGGUUCACUCUCUACGGUCCUACGCUCCCCGCUGGUUGUGCCCGCAGCUUCGCCGCCCCUGGCGCCGACGCCCACGUCGAGUGCCCCGACGGCGCCGUGCUGGAGCGUGCCGAGCAGCUGGCAAACUUGCAGCUAUUCGGACUCGUGUUCCUUGUGUUUGUGUAUGUACUCGGGUGCUACAGCUUCGCCACGGCGAGGUUUGGGCACCCGGACCUGACAACGACAACGAACGACAGGCACGUCGGCGAUAUUGAAUGCAGCCGCUGA